UGAAAGCGUUAGUUUUGGUUCCGAGCUUGAGGCGGUAAUGUUGUUGCAGUAUGAAUUUUGUCAGGUUGAAAUUAGGAGAUGGAUGCUAGGUUCAGUAUAGAUUUUAAGUGUGUAGAACGAUGGGAACAUAGAUAUGUUUAGGCUGGCUGUGUGUUGUGUCAGGAUUUACUGUUAUGGGCCACGAACAUUGUAAUAAAAAGAAUGCCUGUUUACGCUGGCAUUUUUAUAAAAUAUUUCACCGUCCCCUGUGUAUCACAUAAACAGUUACUUGUACGUAGUGGGAUAUUUUGACACAUUCUACAAAAUGUCUCAUCAUGGACCUUCAUAUUCGCCAGCGUACGUACACGACGAAUAUGAUUUUGAAGAUGACAACGACGAUGAUUUGGACGACGACAGAGAGAAUGACGAGCACGAUGAAAGCGAUGAAGAUACGGAAGAAGCCAGUGAAACAGAUAUGGGAAAAUCCGAAGAAUACACGGAAAUCAAAGAGCAAACGUACCAAGACAAACUUGCCAGUUUAAAGAAACAGCUCCAGCAGUUGAAAGAUGGGACACACCCAGAAUAUAACAGAAAACUGAAGAAGUUAGAACAAGCUUAUAGAGAGAGGUUGCGUUUAAACAUCAUUUCAAGGGAUUAUUUAAAUGAGUGUGUGGAAAGAGAUUACACUAUUGAAAAAAAGGCAGCAGCAAAAGAAUUUGAAGAAAAGAAGAUAGAACUUCGUGAGACGCUUAUAAGUGAUUUGGAGGAAAAGAGAAAACUUAUAGAAUCUGAACGUCACACUAUGGAGUUGACAGGAGAUUCUAUGGAAGUGAAACCGGUCAUGACGAGGAAACUACGUCGUCGUCCAAACGAUCCAGUUCCAAUUCCAGAGAAGAGGCGGAAACCUCCACCUGCACAGUUGAAUUAUUUAUUAGAUGAGAAAGAAAUAGAAGCAGAUCUUAAAUUAAUUAAUAGAGGAAAGUUAAUGGGACCUAUCAGAAAACCAGCUCUUGUAUCCAACACUGGUUUGCCUGUUACCCCAGCUGUCCCAGAAAAUUCACUACCAGAGACAAGAAUUGAAGAUGGUAAAUUGCUCUAUGAGAGGAGAUGGUAUCAUCGAGGACAGCCUGUUUACGUUGAGGGAAAGGACAUCUCUCGCUUUUCAGCAGUAAUUUCUGCCAUUGGAUUGGAUGUGGUCUGGGUGAAAAAAGUCUCUGAUGGAAACAAGGUUCGCAUUUUUCUGUCGCAGUUGACACGUGGGAAGAUCUCAAUAACAAGAAGAGCAUCAUAAGUGUCAUAAACAUGUCGAUAUCCAUCAAAAUCUUUGGAUUUCUCUGAAAUAAUUACUUUUGAUGUGCAGACCAUAGCAUUCCCUCAUUGCAUAUCUCUGGCCAUUCAGUUUUAUUAAAUCUGCAUGAUAUUCUAUGCAGAAUAUGUAAGUAGCAUUUAUUCUAAACCAGGAGGUGAUAUCAUCUCAGAUAUUGGAAACGUCAGUUUAAAAUGUGAUAGAGUGCUUCAUAGACCUUGCUUGUUUUACAAGUGUCUGUGUACAGCACCUA